UGUUGGAAAGACUUUUCUGGGCGUGUUCGAACUUUGAAUAUUCCCACCACUUCUCUCUCAACAACCACCAUCCCGUUUUGUUGCUUGCAUUACCACCGUUGCUCACCAUGUCCCUUACAUCGACUCCCAACGACUCUCCCGACGUCACUCCCAUUCAGCCUCUCCACAAUCCUUCGCAGGCCGCUCAUGUCGUUAUGCCCCAAGCACCGUUAGGCAACGUCGUUAAUCAGGCGCCAGGAAUGGGUGCAAAGGCAUUGUUGGCAAAGAAGAUGGCAAAGAGCCUGAAACCCAACUUUGUUUCGCCAACAGACAACAUGAUGACGCCCUGCAGCCAGAAGCUGUCCGAUGCUAAGAAGAAACACUUCACCAAGGGAGUUAAACCUAAAGAAGAGAGCGCGAGCGACGGUGAAGGCGAGGCCGACGACGACGUUGAUACUAAGGAGCAGACCAAGAUGACGAUGGAUGUUGACGACGACGAGAAUCCGUUCUAGAUUUGAAGUUCACCAUCGCAUUUUUAUCAUCUUCAUGACAGGCUGAUCCCGCUGCUCAUCAUAACCGGGACGCACUUGUACGAUAUAUUACAAGCAUAUCUUCACUGUUGUACCUUGCAUUUCAUCAUCUUGUCGCUGUCUGUACUAGUACCAAGUUCCAACUGAGAAUAUCUUAUCCACGUGAUUCGUUAGCUGA